AUGUCUGAUGCCAACACGGCAGCUUCGGGAGAAGUAUCUUGGAGACGAUUUGGUGUUCCGUUGGAAACAAACGCCUCGUACGGUAUUCGUCCCGAACGUUGGGAAGAACCACAAACUGUGCUGGACGAUCUAGCUCUUUACGAACGUCCAUCCACGGACCCGUGGUCCCGCGUGGGCUAUCAUCCAGUGCAACUGAAUGCGUAUGGGUGCGAUACCAAUGGUCGUGUGGAGUCUGAGACAGUGAAUCAACUAGGAAACGAGUGCAGUCCAAGCAACCCGGAUCGUGAAUCACCUUUGUUUUACUCACUAGCCCCUAUUCAGAGUACUGGUUGCCCUACAAUAUGUCCGAAUUGUCGAUGUGAGGCUAACACACCAAUACAACAGCAUCCACCGCCACUACAAGCCGUAGCUCAUUGCUCCUGCACCGGGUAUCACCAGUCGGAGCCCAUUUCCAGUCCGACUCAUCGAUUUGGAGCCUAUUUGGACCAGAACACUCCGACUAAAUUGACUCGAACCGCACCAGUCACUCACACUCCAUUUCCGUCACUCGUUCUGAGUCGAGUGAGUUCCACAGAACACUCCGGCUCUUACUACGACCCCCGGGACGAGGUAGUCACUAACACGCAUAGUGUGAACGGCGACUCCUCGGAUUACCCUGGCCUCGGAUCUCCCGCAUCGUCCACUUCCGGUUUAGAUUUCGCCGGGGAUGUCCGAGCCGUGAAUCUGGUUUCACAUGAUCAACUACCGCUCCGAACAUGGAUUUGA